AUGAGUGAGAAGGCAUGGAUAGAAAGAGAGAUUCUCAACAGGCUCGACGUGGUGAAGUUGAAGGACGCCCAGACAACGUGCAUGCUCCUCUAUGGCUUAGCCAAGCUGGAUAUGGCAGUGGAGGCGGCUAGGGUGUGUCGACAGGUCAACGAAAGGAUACUGCGGGGACUAGGCGUGCAAGGUCUGAGCAACCUGGUAUAUGGCAUGGCCUCCGUUUGGCACACGUGCGGGCUGAGUCAAGAGGAGCAGGAUGCAGUAGCCAGCGUGCUCACAAUGGGAAUCGAUAGGCUCUCCAUUGUUGGCAGUGAGGAUGAUCAGCAACGAUCCUCAAUAGAGAUAGCUGGUCAGCUCCGUGUCGUCGUCCAGCUGUCUAUGGCCUCACUCGCCGAGUCGAUCAGCAUGGAAUUGCUACUGUGGAUCGGUAGGAAGUAG